CCGAAGCUUGGCCUAAGCAACAAAGCCUGACGGGUGUGAGAGCCCAGCACCGCCCAGGUAGUUCACACCCAUCAGCGAGGGGAAAACGUGCUAUGAAGCAAGCCUCCUCCGCGGUCCAAACCCAAAGGAUUUGUGCUAUGCAGGACUGUGUCUCUUACCUCCUGCCACUCUGCUAGGGUGAGAUUGUCCAAUUUUUCAAAAGAACUGAAAUCCAAGUUUUUUCUACAAAAGUGAAUCCUCCCAAACUGCAAAUAUUGUCCACAUUAAAAUAAACAAACAACCAAACCAGUCGUUUUUAAAAUCAGGCAACUUUCAGCCUGCAGGCCACCAGUCCCAGCCUCUGGAUUAAAGGCUGCUUUGCUCAUAGGCGGCUCUGUGGAAGGGGGUUUCAGGGCAGACCUUGGAUUGGGAGGGAGUCUGGGGAGUUGAUCUGAAGCUACAUAUCAACUACACUGUGUUUCAUUCAAGAUUUACUUGAAGGAAUCUGAAUAAAAUUAUGUGGAGGCUAGGGUUCGCCCACCUGCAUUCCAUGAAACUCAGCAAAUGGAAACAGUUUGAUUCUGUGCCCACUGCCAUUGCUUCUAAACCAGAAUGUUAGGGCGUCAAGAACGUUUGAACCUCCAAACACAAAGGCAAGAGAUAACUUGUGUUGGUGCUGAUCCAAAAUGGUGGGGGCCAGGGGUGGAGAGGGAUUUGUUCUGUGAACGUAAGUCCUUUCUGUAGAGGUCCGAGCCCCGGCCGAGGUCGGACCCCAGCCCUUCUAAGAUGACGCUCACAUCCGGUAAUGGCACAUUCCACGCAUCCGCUCUGCCGAGUAGGAGAAUCCCCCUCCCAGACCUUAUAAGUAGUUCCCUGCUCGUGCACACUGCAUGAUUUCUGCCCUGUCACCAAUAGAGUUAAAGGUCACGCAUGCUCUCCCCUUUGAUUGGUCUAGGAAACAUAUAUAGUGGUAAUAGUAGGGAAAAAGAGAAGCCAGGAGAACCAGAAGCCAGCGAGCCAUCCUGUAGAGACGAGAGGAAUGAAAUUAGAGAGAAACUAAAAGAGCUCUAACUCAUACUUGCCUGCGUGCAAGCUGCAAUCUUUCUGUAACACCACCUGUGAGAAGAAGAAAUUAAAGCUGAUUGAAACCGAACCAGGUCUCCUGUGAUCGCAUCGACUGGACCCAUGGGAAGCGGGCACGAUACUUUCUGGCAGCUGGCAGAGAAGAUCAUAGGAAAAACAAAGCCACCUACACAUCUUGUCCAGACCUAACUUCGUUUAGGUCAGAACCUCUCAAACACCCAUGCCUGGGUCUAGAACUGUGUGACUCAUUAAUAGCCCAGUGGUAUAUUCUCCCCUGAGGAUCUCCCCUUGGAUCUUACUUGGCUGGGGAAUUAAUGAGAUAAGACUCAGAGACACAGUAAAUUCCAUCCCACGACGCUGUCGGUCCAGGCUGCUAAGUCACCCGCUCUCUAGAUCCAGUAAGGUGGUGGUCUGCUUGGAGCCACCCAUAGCUUCCUCAAAGUGGAGCAUAAGCCUCACAGCUGACCUGUUGAGGGCCUUAGGGUUUUGAAGUGAAGAACUCGGAUACUAUCCACAGUUCCUGCAGCUUUGAAGGGCCUUUUUUCAGAAAAAAAAAAGCCUUGAUUUGAUAUCCCGAGGUCACCUAAUGUGCUGCUGCUCUUAGCACCUGGGAGGCGGAGACUUAGACUUCCUGCAUUCACCCCCUGCCCUGGGAGCACAGCCCUGGACACACAGCAGGUGCUGGGAAUUCCGUGAUGGAGGGCGCAGAGGAGAUGGAAAUCUUUGCCCUUAGGAAGCUUUCCUUCCCAAAACUUAGCCUCAGCGGAGCCGCCGCAGCAUCCCGCCCAGCCGCCCCACCCGCGAGCCCGACGCCUAGGCCCCACUGCAGCUUCCCACGCGGCCUCUCCUCUCUUCCUCACUUCCUGGUUGCCAUGGAGACAUACGUCAUCUACGUGUGCACGUCGCCUUGGAAACGGGGGCAUCCGCGGCUGAGAGGCCCGCCCCUGCCGCCCCAGGCACGCUCGCGGGCGCUGCCGGUCAAUGGCUGGGGGGAGUCCCGAUCCGAACCCGCUGCCGGCCGCGGCUUCGAUCCGGGCUCCUUCCUCCGAGAGCGCUUCUGUGAACAGGGUGCCGGCGCGCACUGCUGCCCGCGGGGCCCGGGGAGCGGCGCGGACCCGGGCGCGAUUGCGGACGUGAGGCGGGGCAGGCGCUUCUGCCCCCGGCGAGCCGAGAGACGCCGGCCGGGACUCUCGCCGGGUCCUCGGCCCGCCGGCUGGUCCCGGCCUUCCUUGAUCCCGACCGCGCCCUCCGCCGAGGACUCGCCUCCUCUCGUCGGCUCCCUCCCCUCCCGGCCCCUUCCUCACCCGGAGGCCGGGCUGGACCCGACCCGCUGCUGCCAUUCAAUGGAGGACGGUUUGCUGGAGAUCAUGACCAAGGACGGCAGCGACAUGCCGGCACCUCUGGAAGUGUCCACCGUGCCGGCCGUGGGGGACGUGCUUUCCGGCGAGUACAACGGCGGGAUGAAGGAACUGAUGGAGCACCUGAAGGCCCAGCUGCAGGCCCUGUUUGAGGACGUGAGGGCCAUGCGGGGGGCCCUGGAUGAGCAGGCCUCCCAUAUCCAGGUGCUCUCCGACGACGUGUGCGCCAACCAGCGGGCCAUCGUCUCCAUGUGCCAGAUUAUGACCACCGCGCCCCGCCAGGGAGGCCUGGGCGUGGUCGCCGGCAAGGGGAGCCUCCCAGGCGCCCCCCGAGAGCCCGAAACGCCUUCUCCCGGGAUCGGGGACAGCGGUUUGCUGGGUCGCGAUCCUGAGGACGACCAAGAGGAGAAGGCGAUGCCCUGCUCUGCCACACCUACUAGUCACUGCGAGCGCCCGGAGAGCCCCUGCGCUCUCCUGGCGGGGGACGGGCCACUUGUGGAGCCUCUGGAUCUGCCCGACAUCACUCUGCUGCAGCUGGAGGGCGAGGCCUCUCUGUGAGGGAACUCCGAAGGGGCACGACUGUCCCGGGCUGGCAUUGGGUUUCCAAGCGCAUGACGCGAGGGACUGGAACGGCGCGGUGCAGCAUGCUGCGCUCAGACCGCUGCGCCCGUGGGUCAGGCAGAGAGAUUCCCUGGAGGAAGGACUUACCGGAUGAAGGACUUUGGGAGCAUCACGAAUUCUUUCUGCCUAACCAAGGGAGAUGUAGCAAACUGCGGAAAGGUGAGGUUCCGGGGAGAGGAUCCACCCAUCUCUGGACCGCCGUCCAUCCCCUACCCUGCCCAUUUUGCCCUCCCCAGGCAGCAAGAGAACUCCUGACUUGUGUAAAUAAAAUUCUGCUUUUUCUAUUCUGA